CAGGAAGGAGGGAUUUUAACCUUGCGUUAAAAGAGGGAGUUGACGACUCGUCGCAUUAGAAGUUGCCGUACAGUCAGUGCCCGGACGCUACCUCGGACUGGGCGGUUCCGGAGUUAGACUGUGUGCGUUUGAAAUAGCAGUUUGGGAAGCAACAUUAAAAUAUUUAUCGUGAUGGUGGUCUAUUUCGCAACUGGAAGUCUCGUCUACAUAGUUGGGUUGGCAACGUUGUUACCGGGAAAUGGCUGCAGUGCAUCAGUGCUCACUCACAGAGCAGCCGUUAGAGCCACUGGCGACCUCUGCAGGGAGCUGUGGAAUGGCUUCUAUUGCGCAAACUGCAAAACGCUCGUGCACUGCAUCGAGGGAGAGGCACAAGUAGAAACCUGCAGCGAAGGAGAUACGUGUCUCAAGACACCCGACUUCGGAGGAGCCGUUUGUCAGCCCGUGAUGCGCGAAAACUGCGCCUGCAGCGGCGACAAUAAAUUCCACGCCGACGCCUAUGACCCCCGUGCAUUCUUCUUCUGCAGAGAUGAACUUUCGGAACCCGAGAUGCACCAGUGCUCGAUAGAUAAGGAAUUUGAUGCCCUGAAGCAACAGUGUGUCAGUCGGGAUGGUUUGCCAGAAUGCGUAGUUCCCGGAAUCUUUUCAGACUACAGAAACUGCUCGCAGUAUUACUCAUGCAUUGUUGUCCAAGAUGGCUGGGUGAAGAGGUCUUACUCUUGUAAAAAGGGCACCAUGUACAAUGAGGACACAGGUCUCUGCGAAGACCCUUGCAGUUGGCCCUCUGAGAAAUUUACAUGUAAGGCGGAAGGACGGUUCCCUGAUCCACUGUCUUGUAAAAAUUAUUACGAGUGUGUGAGCUUACCAGAUGGUAGUACUUUACGGCAAUACCACAAGCAAUGUCCUCAUGGUUACGCGUGGAAACACGAUGCUCAGUCUGGUCGAGGACGGUGCGUUGGACAAGCUGAAGCCAGUUGCAGCCCUGUUAAACUCGGUCGGUGUGUCCUCACAGAGUUGAAAUGUUCAAAAGAUCUCGAGGCACGGAUCAGUGCGCUGGAGACGAAGAAAGUAGAAAAGGACCAAGAGAUCCGAGAGGUCGAAGAGGUGGUCAAGACUUUGAGAACCACGGGAAACAUGGUGGGAGGAAUCUUCCUGAUGAUUCAGCAGGUCCCUAGGCCAGGAGAGCUAAGGGAGUCUUCUAACCCCGACAACAAGAUCAAUGGAGAUGCGGAGGUCAUCUUGACAGUGACACCUUACUGCAGCGGCGUCUGGGCCGAAGACGCCUUCAAAGGCUCCUUGACAGACGUGAUCUCGACCGUCCUGGAAGGCCUCAGGAAAGCGGUCACCGAUGACCUCUUUCUUUUGCCUUGCUUGACGGAUGUCCUGUCGAAACUCGUCGACAACCUCAACAGUGGUGACUUCAUCCUGGGCCCUUCCGCGUUGAUUUUGGAGGAACCUGCAGUCAAGACGAUCCAAGCUAUCAAGACAAGACAUGACGAAAAAGCGACUGUACUUGGGGAGUUGCAGAACGAGAGGGAUGAAGUUGAACGUGAGUUAGCGAGGUUGAAAACUCUUUUAGAAAGUCACAUAGAAAACACUGCAUAGUAAACUAACUGUUAAAACAGUAAUCUGCAUAAAUAUCGAUGUACUAAAUGUUGCUUUGGGGUACAGGAGUCAUUGUGUUUUAUCUCAUAAAGUUACGGGCACAGUUCUCAAUCAUUUUCAACCUGUGUGAAGGGGCCAGUCAUACCUGACGGGCGAAAUUUCAAUUAAGAGUUCUGAAUCAACAUGAACACAUCUAAUUAGAACUUCUUAUUAAUUGGAGGCACUUUGUUCCCUAGUGGUUUUGCUUCCGUGCAUUCUCUUGUUACGGCAACAUAAGUUCAUAGUGAGGUGUAACUGCAACAGGUGACAAGGAAAUAGACUAAAGUUCAUUUUUAUUUGUUAUGUCGGAAACU